AAAAAAAGGUUAACUAACAUUAGCUUUGUUUGAUGAUAUAUAGCCAUGGUGGUGAACCUAUGACACUUGUGCCAGAGAGGGCAGUCAAAGCCCUCUCUGUGGUCAUGUGCUCCUUUCAUUCUAGCACGGAGUACUGCUCUAGAAAGUCAGAGGGAUGAGGGCAGGGCUGCUCCCUUCUCCCUCUCCAUGAAUGCCUGAGGAUAUUGCCCGCAUCAUACCCCUCUAAAAGGUUUGCCAUCUCUGGUAUAUAGUAUUCCAUAUCCACAAUUCCCCAAAGAAGGAAGAUUAAUUUUGUCACUUCUCUAGAGCCAACUUGAUUAUUAUAAUCACAUAUUAGUCUAUCAUUUAAAGCUCUCCACUCUCUAUUACCUCUCCAACUAGACUAAUUUCAUAUUAUUCCUAUUAACAUACUUUAUGUUGCAGCCAAAUUAGGUUACUAGAGGUUCUCCAGAUUCUACAUUUCAUCUUCUGUAUCUAUGCCUUUUGUACAGAUACUGGAAUGAAUUGCUUCCUUCACUUGAACCAUUAGCUUCUGGUGUCUUCCCUCUUUCCCUGAGUUCAUAAGAUCAUAGAGCUAGAGCCCAAAAGAACCUUAAGAGCCAUCUAUUCUCAUGUUACUGUUGAGAAGUUAAGUGACCUGUUUAAGGUCACACCAUAUAAGCUUCAGAGGAGAUUUUAAUCAAAAUCCUAUAACUCUAGAGCCAGAUUCUUUUCCAAUUAACUAGUGAGCUUUUAAUGCUCUACCCUGAAAUUACUUCAUAUUUAUCUGUGUAUAUGUUGUAUCACUCUAGUAAGACAGAAGCUUCUUAUUCAAAGAUAUUUUAUUUUCUCAAUUACAUGUAAUAAUUUUCAACAAACAUUUCCCAAAAUUAUAAGAGCUAAAUUGUCUCCCUUCUCUUCCCUCCCCCCUGUUGGAGAUGAUAAGUAAUUUGAUCUGGAUUAUACAUGUAUUAUCAUGCAAACCAUACUUCCAUAUUGAUCAUUGUAAGAGAAUACUUCUAUAAAACAGUUCUUUUUCUGGAGAUUUGUCCUAGAUCAUUGUAUAGGAUAGAAGCUUCCUGAAGGCAAAGACUAUUUUUCUGAUCCAUCCUUCAUAGCACCAUGAGAUUAAUCUCCUUAAAUAAAACAUUACUCCUCUGCUCAAAAACUGUUGGCAUCUUUCUUUUACCUAUAGAAUAAAGAUCAAGCUAUUUUGAUUAGUGUAUUAAGCUCUCAGCGAUAUUCAUUUCUACCCCCAUUCCUUCCUAUUCUCUUACAUGAUACUUUUGCUCCCAUUCUGUUUUUUUACUUUUCUAUGUGACUGCUGGAACUGAGAUACUUAACUUAAAAUAGAAUUUAUACUUUCUGCUUCCUUUUCUAGGUGGUUCACAUCAGUCCUCUUGCCUAAUUGUAGCUCUCCUCCCAUUUCAUCUGUGAAAUUAAUUUCUCUUAACAUCCAGCUCAUCUGUUUCAAGGUUCAAGUUUUCCUUGAUUACACAAACUGAAAGUGUGCAUGCCACUGUUUAAGCACUUACCUGAUAAUUUACAUUCUGUUUAGAUCUGUUCUUAGGAUGAGAAGUAGCCAGUUUUCAUAGAGCACUGGCCUGGGAAUUGUCUUAGUUUCACUAUGUGCUCUCUAUGUGUUAAUUUGAGCAUAUCACCUAAACCUGAAGCCUUAAGGCUUCUCUUCUAUAAAAUAGGUAGUUUUACUAUUUAUUUCAUAGGGUGGGUAAUUAGGAAAGUGCUUUGUAAAACAUAAAUGGCUUUGUUUAAAUGAUUUGACAUAUACUGAAUAUCAAUAUUGAUAUACCUAUUUUUAUUAUUUCCCAUUUUUCCAUAAGAAAAGGGAAAGAUUGGUUCAUUUCACUGACUCUUCACCCUGUUGGUUAGCCAGUUGGCUGUUUGUGGUCCUUUAAAAGUCUACUCUCCUUGUUGAUGUAUACAUCUGUUGUCUAGAACAAGUAAUAUAAGGAUAUGUGUUAUACAAUAUGUCCACCCAAUGAAAUUGCAAUUUAGCUUCCUGAUCUUGUACUUUUUAUUUCCCAGAGGUAUACAGUGAAAAGAUUUGUAGUAAUAGAAGUAAGAGGUGAGUAGUAGAGCACUGAAUUUAGAAUCAGAAACUUUGGGUUCUAGGCUUAGCCCUUUGUCACUUGAUAGCCAUAUGACUUUGGGCAAGAGACUGAACUUUUUUGAGCUUCAGUUUCCUCAUCUGUAAAAUGUGGGAUAAUAAUUAGACUGCUCACUUCAUGGGAAUUGUUUGUUGUAAGGAUUAAAUGAGACAACAAAAUGCUCAGUAAAGGUAUUAUAUAAAUAAGAACAGUUUAUUGUUCCAGAUGAAACUAAUGAACAAGUGUGAAGGGAAUAAAAGUUUUUCAGAUUGAUAGUACAUGAUAAGAUUAGAUACAAUAGGGUUCAGAUUUUAGAGUUUAGAUUUGAUUCAGUAGAAAAAUAGCCAUAUGAAGGUUUUUGAACUGGAGAGUGAGUGACAUGGUGAAAAGUGAAAGUUUUUCCUUAAAUCAGCCUGUUAGCAACAUUUGCUCCUAAAACUGUCUUUUCUGGGACCAAGUAGAAUAAGUAACCUCUGAUGAGAGUCCUUUUCAAGGAUUAACCUUUAUAUCUUCCCAUCUAAGUCUUCUCAGGGCUAGCUAAACUGUCCCUAAGUAUUUUGACUGAUCUCAACAUUACCUGUUCUUUAGGACCCCUCAAAAGGUUGCUUUUAAGUUCUUCAACUCGUUAAUGCCUUUCAUAAAAAGUGGACUCAGAUAUAGUUUGAAGAAGGCAGAGAAUACAGUAGGACUACCACUUCUCUCAUCUUGCACACUAUGCUUUUCAGUGCAGCCUUUUUGACUGUCAUUCUUGCUGUUGACUUGUUGAGCUUUAAUCUGCUAACAUACUUAGAUAGUUUUACAUAUAUUGUUUUCUAGCCAAGCCUCCUACUUCUUGUACUUGUGUAGAUGAUUUUUUUGGGUUAAAUUUCAUCUUGAUUCCAUAUAAUAUUCUUAUAUUUUACCCUUUUCCCCCAAUUACAUGUAAAAACAAUUAAAAAAAUUUUUUUUUCAAAUUUUGAGUUCCAAAUUCUCUUCCUUUCUUCAACUCCUUUCUCCUUGAGGAGGACAAGCAAUUUUAUAUAGAUUAUACAUGUGCAGUCAUAUAAAACAUUUUCAUAUUCAUCAUGUUAAAGAACCCCCAAAUCAUGCCUCCCAAAAAAAGUAUUCUUUGAUUUGAUUCACAUUCCAUCAUUUCUUUCUCUAGAGGUAGAUUAGCACUUUUCAUCUUAACUCCUUUGGAAUUGUCUUGGAUCCUUGUAUUUUAGCUUAAUAUUGUAGCUUAUCUUUUUUUUUUUGUACUAUACAUUAUACUAGUAUCUUCUAAUGUUUCUGUCAUCUGCAGAUUUGAUGAGCAUCCUAUGUAUCCAUUCAAACUGCUGUCUAUAAGGAUACCAGAAUUAUUGACCCUCAUCUCCCUUGACCUUUCUGCAGAGCCAUAGGAUUAAAUGGGUCCCGUAACUGGAAUGACUCCAGAUAAGAGAGCUGAAACUCCUGGAGCAGAAAAGGUUGCAGGAUUAAGUCAGAUUUACAGAAUGGGAAGUUUGCCUGAAGCAGUUGAUGCUGCCAGGCCAAAAGCUACUUUAGUGGACAGCGAAUCAGCAGAUGAUGAGCUUACAAACUUGAACUGGCUUCAUGAAAGUACUAAUCUUCUAACAAACUUCAGCCUUGGAAGUGAAGGUCUUCCUAUUGUUAGUCCAAUAUAUGACAUUGAGGGUGAUAAUGUGCCAUCUUUUGUACCAUCUUAUCAGAACACAGAAAAAAAAUCAGGGAAUUCAAAACCCCCUUACUCCUUUAGUCUUCUCAUUUAUAUGGCUAUUGAACAUUCUCCAAAUAAAUGCCUGCCAGUCAAAGAAAUUUACAGUUGGAUUCUGGAACGCUUUCCAUAUUUUGCUACAGCACCAACAGGUUGGAAGAAUUCCGUCAGACACAACCUUUCAUUGAAUAAGUGUUUUCAGAAAGUGGAGAGAAGCCAUGGCAAGGUGAAUGGAAAAGGUUCCUUAUGGUGUGUUGAUCCAGAAUAUAAACCCAAUCUUAUACAAGCACUGAAGAAGCAGCCUUUUUCCUCAGCACUUGCAUUUUACACCCCUCCUGCAUCACCACAAAAUGGAUCAUCACCACCUCAUUAUAUAACCUCUGUACUAAAGCAGAGCCAAGUUCGAACUCUGAAAGAAUCCGAUAUUGAUGCAGCCACUGCAAUGAUGCUUUUAAAUACAUCAAUUGAACAAGGAAUUUUAGAAUGUGAGAAGCCCCUGCCACUCAAAACAGCUUUGCAAAAGAAAAGGAGUUUUGUUAGUGCAUUUACCCAUCCCAGUGCCAUAAAUUUACAAGAGAAUGAUUCUGCAGUCAACAAUAUUGAUCCAAAGGAGGAUCACAAUUACAGCGCAAGCAGCAUAGCAACACAGCGCUGUGCAUCCCGAUCCAGUGUGUCUUCCUUAUCUUCUGUUGAUGAGGUGUAUGAGUUUAUCCCAAAGAAUAACCUUGCAGGAAGUGAUGGGAGUGAAGGGUUUCACAGUGAAGAAGAUACAGACAUUGAGUAUGAAGAUGACCCUCUUGGAGACAGUGGCUAUGUAUCACAACCUUGUGCAAAUACCUCUGACAAAGUCCGGCCCAUCAAGAAGCCUAAAAGAGAGUCAUGUCAGGAAAUUGAUGAAGAGCUUAAGGAGGCCGCUGGAUCUCUGCUGCACCUUGCUGGAAUCCGGACAUGUCUGGGUUCCCUAAUAAGUACUGCAAAGAUCCAAAAGCAAAGGAAAAAAUAGUAAUACCUGAUAGUGUGAAUUUUUUUAAUGUGGCAAUACUCUUCUAAUUACUCUUCACAAGGGAGAUCAAAGCCAUAAUGGACUUUAGUGGGGAGGGGGAAGGUGUGUUAAUUACCUAUUUUCCUUUAUACUUUUAUUAUUUUUUUUAAUCACUGCAAUUAGGGUCAUGCUUACCUAGGAUUGGGCCAAUCAAUGCAUGAUUGUAGUGCUAAUAACAUAAUUUUUCUAAUCAUUGAUUCAGAGAUUUGGAAACCUUCCACAGAGAAAUCCUCAGGAUCCUACUUAAGACUGUAGACAUUUUUUUCCACAUAAAUAUCUUCUGUUAUUGUAGCAAAAUGGGGUAACUUGCUACUCAGUGUAAUAGUUUUUCCAUUCUUUUUAACCACUUAAGACAAGUGGAUGAAUUGACAAAAAAUUGUAUCACCCCAUUUAUUCACCAGUGUAGAAUCUUUUUAGUGAUUGCUGAUUGAGUCACAAACCAAGUGGGGAAAAAGUUAAUUUGAAAAGAUUUUUAGGUAGCUAAACUAGAAUGACUGCUAGAGUUUCUGUUUAUACAAGUAGAAAAUGGGAAAAUGUGAUUCUUAAUAUAAUUUUUAAGUUCACUCCAUGUCUAUUAUAACAUCAUCUUAUGAAAUUCUUUGGCUUAGCUAUUGUUACAUAGGCUUUAUUGGGGGCACUUUUCCUCUUUUCCCAAGUGCUUUAAACCAAUAUUUACUUGGUCAAUUCUCUUUAAAUUCUCUUUGUAUAGCAGAUAGCCAAUGAGAUAAUAGCAUGUAAUCUUCAUUUUGGCAGACUUUUACAAUGAGAGACUCACCGCCUUAUAUUUUCUUGUCUCCACAGAAACUAUUGUAAUUACAACUUAAAAAUCACUAUAAUUUGAAUGACAUAUGAUCUAGAAUUUGGUUCAAUUCAACAAUUAAAUGCUUACUACGUACAAGCCACUGUGCUAGGCUCUAGAGAUAUAAAGACAAAAAGGAAGCAAUACUUGCCCUUUAGGAACACAUAGUCUACUAGAAUAAAAGAUCUGAAUGUUAACAGUUAAGUAAUAAUAGCUAAUUUGGGGAAAUCUAUCCGAACACAGGGUAAAAUAUGUAUAGUCAUAAUUAUAAACAUUUUAACAUUUUAGAAUUAUAAUAAUUAAACCCCUUUGGAAAAAGCAGUAUAAUACCCAAAUGUGCCAUUAGUCUUUAGCUAAUAGAUAUUGACUGCUUCUAAUAAUCCAUUGGCUGAGGUGGUUAAGUAUUAUUUGAAUAAUUCUACCUACACAAGAAAUAUUCUCCAGGCUUGAAUUUAAAGUUCUUCAGAAAAAUCUAGGGAUUUGAGGUAAACUCAGUAUUUACUAAAUGGAAUUUUUUUUUUAACCUCACUGUGCGUUAUAAGGAAAUCCUAUAAAAUUUUGUUCUUGUCCUUUGUCAUCUCCUUUUUAUUUAAGAUUCUCUCUGUAGUUUGUUCCCCACUCCCACUCCAAAAAAGACUUCCUGCCCCUUCCUGCCUUGUCAGGAUGAUGUUGCCUUGAUACUUUCAAUAAUUUCAAGCUCUUAGAAUUGUCAAAAGGGAUAAAAAUAACCCUCUUUUUUGAUUUUUUAAAACUUAUUUGGGCAUAACUUUCAAAUAAGAUGCAUGUUAAGAAUAAAUUAAUUUUCACAAAAACCUUAAGCAGGGAUAUGUAAUGUUAAAAGUUCUCCGUUCAUGCCACCUAUUUUAGUACUCAGUGGACCUGCUAUAAGCCUUGUUAGUAGAAUGAGUAGGAGUGUAGAGGUAGUUAUUUUAUUUAUUGUUCAUGAAAAAAUAGCUCUUAAGCACAGCUAGUUUAUUUUCCUUAGAUUUUUUUUUAAUUCUACCAUAUGUGAUGGAUGCAGUUAUCAGAGGACAUCAGUAUCCCUAGUUAAUAACUGUUAAGUAGGUAGUAAAUAUAACACAAGUGCUUAUUACCCUAGUUUUUACAAUUUAGUCUUUCUCCUACUAGGUUCAAACUAGGGCUUUUUACUUGUAAGAUUGGGAGUUGGCUCUAUUUAAUGGCUAGGCCCAACAGACUGGGUGCAUGAUAUCUAGCAAUUUAUAACAAAAUUCCAGUAUAACAACCACUUAAAUGUCCCAGGGAGUUUGUCACUAUGGAAUUUUGCCAUUGUGACUAAAAACUAUGAUUUCAUAUAAAGUAUAAUUUGCCAUAUGUCAAAAUAGUAGAAUUAGUAUUGAAAUUGGUACUGAUUCAUAUGAUAUUCCCCUAUUAAAUUUUAUUUUUAACUUAACAGAGUUAGUAUUCAUUUUUCUUAUCCCAAAUAGAAAUCAAUGUCUUCUAAAAUAUAUAUAUAUACAUUUGUGUGUGUGUGUAUAUAUAUACAUACAUAUACGUAUGUGUAUAUAUACCUACACACAUACAUAUUCAUUUGCAUGUGCAAUGUCUUACCAAAAUAGUUAUAUUUUCAUUUUACUUUUCACAUACCAAGAAAGAACAAGCCUUUCUGUAUACAUGAGGUAGUUCUUUUCGUUAAUCUUUUUUUCCCUUCCAGCUUUGUAACAGUAAGCUUUUCUUAUCCCUCCCAUAUCCAGCAUGGCUUUUCCUAAUUUAAAGAUAUAUUUUUUUUGUAUAUAGUAUAAACAGUGUAAUUGGAAUGGGGGAGGGAUGAUUUUUUUUCCUUUGCUUUUUUCCAUUCCUUUCCUUUUUUUUUUCUUUUUUGGGGGGACUACUUUUCAAGACAUUAUGUAAAGGGUUCAUACCAAAUGGUCAACUAAAUUGUAUUUUAGUAGGAAUUCGAAGAUAGGAGGAAAUGUUUGGAGGAAUGUAUGAGAUUUGGUGGACCAGAAGGUCUUUCCUGCCAAUUUAAGCAACAAAUGUGGAUACUUCACAGAGCUCUAAAGACUAUUGGCUUGAAUUCUACAGCAACUUUUUUACAUUCUGUGGAGACCAUAGAAUUUGUUGAAAUUUUGAGGCUUUCUGGUUUUCAACUUCUCUAAAGUUCUUUGUUAGGCUGGAAAGGGAAAGCUUUGGUUAAAGCAAAGCUUACUCAGAUUUGUUAAUAAUGAUGUAGUCAAAAUAUUUAUUGACAGGAAAAGUAGAAUAUUUUAAGCAUUGUACCUGCCAUUAUUUUUAAAGCACACUCUUUGUAUCUAACUGCCAGUGCCAUUAUCAAAACUUUUUUUUAAAUAUAAAUGUAUGUUUCUAUUCAGCUAAAGUGCUUAAUUUAAAGUAUUAUGUUGCCAUCAUAGUGAUAUGAAACAAUUUACAAUUGCCAAGUCAUUUUAAUUAUUAUUUAUUUAAGGUGAAAAUAUAGAAAAGCAAUUUGAAUUACACUAUCCCUUAAUCCUGUUUUCUAAUGUAGCAUAAGGAAUGUCCUGGACUGUAGAAUAACUCUGCCAGUAGAUGACCAGUUAUGAGUGAACCUAUUUUCAGUUCCAAGUCUUUUGCUCAUUUUAAAAACAAUUUACAAAUGUUUAGUUUUUGUAUCUAAUCUCUGUUAAUUAAAAUGUUUAUAAAGUUUAUUUUUACCAAAGAGAUGCAAUUCAUUAUGAUAAAGUAUUGCAAAAUAAACUUUGUUUUAUAACA